AUGCAAUUAUUGAGGGUCACUCUAGCGCUCUGUGCAGGACUCCUGUCAAGUGCAAAUGCGGCGGUCCUCAAAACGGGGCCGAAUGUUUGCACAGUCAAGGCUAAUGGCCACCAAAAAGACGACGUUCCAAAUAUACUAAAAGCAUUUCAUGAAUGUGGUCAUGGAGGCACAAUCGUGUUUCCCGAAGACCAGUCCUACUGGAUUGCGACCCGCCUCAACCCCGUCAUCAGCGACGUCGUAAUAGAAUGGCAUGGUAAAUGGAUUUUCUCUGAUGACUUGGAUUACUGGCGCAACAAUUCAUACCCAAUUGCCUUCCAGAACCACCACGCAGGCUUUAUCAUCACUGGCCACAACAUUACGAUCGAUGGAUAUGGCACUGGUGGGAUUGACGGCAAUGGAAAUGUAUGGUAUACCGCAGAAGAAGGCGAGACCCAACCAGGACGUCCGAUGCCCUUCGUUUUCUGGAACGUCUCAGAGGUCAACGUGGACAACUUCUAUAUCAAGGACCCGCCGCUAUGGAGCUUGAAUAUUAUGAAUGGAACAAAUUUGCGAUUCAAUAAUAUAUACGCCAACGCAACAGCUGUGGAUGCACCUUACGGCGAUAACUGGGUCCAGAAUACCGAUGGAUUUGAUACUAUGGAUGUGGAAAAUGUCCAGCUUACCAACUUCGUCUACCAGGGUGGUGACGAUUGCAUUGCAAUCAAGCCUCGCUCUUAUAACGUCGAUAUCCGCAACGUGACGUGUCGCGGCGGAAAUGGUAUCGCCAUUGGCAGCCUGGGCCAGUAUCUGGAAGACUCUAGCGUGGCUAAUAUUCGUAUUGAUGAGGUAAAGAUUAUCCGAUAUAAUGAAGAUAUGCACAACAGUGCCUAUAUCAAGACAUGGAUCGGGGCCCAGGUUCCCCAAUCCUCUUAUGAGAGUGCUGGCCUACCAAAUGGUGGUGGGUGGGGAAGCGUACGAAAUGUGCUAUUCUCGAACUUCCACAUCGAGGGUGCAAGUGCUGGACCUGGAAUUUCGCAGGGUAGCGGUGACAAUGGCUCCAAGAGCAUGGUUGCCUCUGUCUCUUGCUCGGAAGUGCAUCCGUGCUACAAUAUUGACUUCGAAAAUGUGGUCCUGUAUCCGGAGAACUCCACGACGGUGGGAACAGGGUCCUGCAAGUAUACGGCGGAUGGUGGUGUGCAUGGUCUCGAUGGAUGCUAG